AUGUGCAUCAAGUGGGGAAGAACAGUCGCACAAGACAAGUGUCCGUAUGUCACUCCAGCACAAGACAAGUGUCCGUAUGUCACUCCAGCACAAGACAAGUGUCCGUAUGUCACUCUAGCACAACACAAGUGUCCGUAUGUCACUCCAGCACAAGACAAGUGUCCGUAUGUCACUCCAGCACAAGACAAGUGUCCGUAUGUCACUCCAGCACAAGACAAGUGUCCGUAUGUCACUCCAGCACAAGACAAGUGUCCGUAUGUCACUCCAGCACAAGACAAGUGUCCGUAUGUCACUCUAACACAACACAAGUGUCCGUAUGUCACUCUAACACAACACAAGUGUCCGUAUGUCACUCCAGCACAACACAAGUGUCCGACUGUCACUCUAGCACAACACAAGUGUCCGUAUGUCACUCUAGCACAACACAAGUGUCCGUAUGUCACUCUAGCACAACACAAGUGUCCGUAUGUCACUCCAGCACAAGACAAGUGUACGUAUGUCACUCCAGCACAACACAAGUGUCCGACUGUCACUCUAGCACAACACAAGUGUCCGUAUGUCACUCUAACACAACACAAGUGUCCGUAUGUCACUCUAGCACAACACAAGUGUCCGUAUGUCACUCUAGCACAACACAAGUGUCCGUAUGUCACUCCAGCACAACACAAGUGUCCGUAUGUCACUCUAGCACAACACAAGUGUACGUAUGUCACUCCAGCACAACACAAGUGUACGUAUGUCACUCUAGCACAACACAAGUGUCCGUAUGUCACUCCAGCACAACACAAGUGUCCGUAUGUCACUCCAGCACAACACAAGUGUCCGUAUGUCACUCCAGCACAACACAAGUGUCCGUAUGUCACUCCAGCACAACACAAGUGUCCGUAUGUCACUCCAGCACAACACAAGUGUCCGACUGUCACUCUAGCACAACACAAGUGUCCGUAUGUCACUCUAACACAACACAAGUGUCCGUAUGUCACUCUAGCACAACACAAGUGUCCGUAUGUCACUCCAGCACAACACAAGUGUCCGUAUGUCACUCCAGCACAACACAAGUGUCCGUAUGUCACUCCAGCACAACACAAGUGUCCGUAUGUCACUCCAGCACAACACAAGUGUCCGUAUGUCACUCCAACACAACACAAGUGUCCGUAUGUCACUCCAGCACAACACAAGUGUCCGUAUGUCACUCUAGCACAACACAAGUGUCCGUAUGUCACUCCAGCACAACACAAGUGUCCGUAUGUCACUCCAGCACAACACAAGUGUCCGUAUGUCACUCCAGCACAACACAAGUGUCCGUAUGUCACUCCAACACAACACAAGUGUCCGUAUGUCACUCCAGCACAACACAAGUGUCCGUAUGUCACUCCAGCACAACACAAGUGUCCGUAUGUCACUCCAGCACAACACAAGUGUCCGUAUGUCACUCUAGCACAACACAAGUGUUCGUAUGUCACUCCAGCACAACACAAGUGUCCGUAUGUCACUCCAGCACAACACAAGUAUUGCUACUCCAUUCCCUUCUCAACCUUACUUUCUCAAAGGAAAUGUAACUGGAGAAAUGAGGCUAAUAAUAAAGUUUGCAUCAUCUAA